AUGAGAUGCUGCGCUUUAGCUGUGUGUUUAGUUUUGGGGAUAAGCAUCCAGGACGGAUGGAGCCUUCCCCUCAAGACUGUCAGCGUCAUCUUCCCAGGAGACAUCCUCAAAAACAAGACUGAUUCGGAUUUGGCAGAUACUUAUCUGCAGAGGUUUGGCUACUUGGAGAGCGUGCACCGCAGUGGCUUCCAGUCGAUGGUGUCCACCUCCAAGGCUCUGAAGAGGAUGCAGAGGCAGAUGGGGCUGGAAGAGAGUGGAGAGCUGGAUAAGUCCACCCUCGAGGCCAUGAAGCGGCCUCGCUGUGGGGUUCCCGAUGUGGCCAACUACCAAACCUUUGAGGGAGACCUCAAAUGGGACCACAAUGACGUCACUUAUAGAAUCCUUAAUUAUUCUCCAGACAUGGAGAGCUCCCUGAUUGAUGAUGCCUUUCACAGAGCCUUCAAGGUGUGGAGUGAUGUGACCCCUCUAACUUUUACACGCCUCUUUGACGGAACAGCUGACAUCAUGAUUUCGUUUGGUAAAGCAGACCAUGGAGACCCAUACCCAUUCGAUGGUAAGGAUGGCCUUCUGGCUCAUGCUUAUCCCCCUGGGGAGGGGAUCCAGGGAGACGCUCACUUUGAUGAUGAUGAGAACUGGACCCUGGGUAAAGGACCAGCUGUGAAGACACGCUACGGGAAUGCGGAAGGUGCCAUGUGCCACUUCCCAUACAUUUUCGAGGGAAAGUCCUACACCACCUGCACCACUGAUGGCCGCUCAGACAACCUCCCAUGGUGCGCCACUACAGCUGAUUUCAGCAGAGACAAGAAAUACGGCUUCUGUCCAAGUGAACUUCUCUACACAAUUGGAGGUAACUCAGACGGAGCUGAGUGUGUCUUCCCCUUCAUCUUUCUGGACCAGGAGUUUGACAAAUGCACCACAGAGGGCCGCAGUGAUGGUUACCGCUGGUGUGCCACCACAGGCAACUUUGACAAAGACCAGAAGUAUGGAUUCUGUCCCAGUCGUGACACCGCUGUAUCUGGUGGCAAUUCAGAGGGAGAGCCCUGCCACUUCCCCUUUGUCUUCCUGGGAAAAGAGUAUGACUCCUGCACCAGUGAGGGACGAGGAGAUGGCAAGUUGUGGUGCAGUACCACUGACAACUUUGACGAGGACAUAAAAUGGGGUUUUUGUCCUGACCAGGGAUACAGUCUGUUCCUGGUGGCAGCCCAUGAGUUUGGUCAUGCUCUCGGCCUGGAUCACUCCAACAUUAGAGAGGCUCUCAUGUACCCCAUGUACAGCUAUGUGGAAAACUUCUCCCUGAACAAAGAUGACAUUGAAGGCAUUCAGUAUCUCUACGGGGGCGGAACAGGCCCAGAUCCCACCCCUCCUCAGCCCAACUCCCCCACCACUCCCCCCCACCCAGAGCCUAAACCGACUGGACCCACCACCACACCUCAACCUGUGGACCCAACCAGAGAUGCUUGCCAGUUGACCAAAUUUGACACCAUCACUGCAAUUGAUGAAGAACUACACUUUUUUGAGAACGGAAAUUACUGGAAGAUGCCCAGCAGUGGUGAUGGAGCAGUCAAGGGACCGUUUUCUCUUUCUAAGGAGUGGCCAGCACUGCCAGCUGUCAUUGACUCUGCUUUCCAGGACCCACUGACCAAGAAGAUGUACUUCUUCUCAGGGAACAGAUUCUGGGUGUACACAGGGGAGAGUGUUCUGGGGCCACGCAGCAUUGAGAAGCUCGGUCUCCCCAGCAGCGUUCAGAAGGUGGAGGGAGCGCUGCAGAGAGGGAAGGGCAAAGUGCUGCUCUUCAGUGGGGAGAACUUCUGGAGGCUUGACGUCAAGGCCCAGAAAAUCGACAAAGGGUACCCCAGGUUCACAGAUGUCGUCUUCGGUGGCGUCCCCAGUGACGCUCAUGACGUAUUCCAGUACAAAAGUCACAUCUACUUUUGCCGGGAUCGCUUCUACUGGCGUAUGAACUCCCGCAGACAGGUGGACCGUGUUGGCUACGUGAAAUAUGACCUCCUCAAGUGCUCUGAUUCUGCAGGAUAUCAAUACUGA